AUGAAGCAGCGUGAGCGACCAAGUCAAUCGUAUACAGAGCACACGACGCUCCUGACCACCUCCUCCUCUCCUUUACCAGCACCAUGGCGUCGACAGACUCCAAUGACACGCCACACGACCGUGCGUGAGGACAUUUGGACGGUGCUGCGCUACCGCUCGUCGGUACAGCAUCGAACGGGUCUGCAGCUCGCGUCCUACGUACUGGAGCUGAGCAUUUUGACGCUCAUUUUGCUGAACGUGGUCGUAGCCAUCUCGGAGUACUCUGCCGUGCUAACUGCUGAUGCUUUGGAGUCGCCUGCUUCCGGGCCAAUGCCCGUGGUCAAUGAUUGGACAGACGUGUUCCUGUUCGUGUCGACCGUGAUCUUUUCGAUUGAGUAUGCGCUCCGGCUAUGGUCGUGCGUCGAAGAUGAUCGGUACAAAAAUGGACCACUUGUAGGACGUUUGAAAUGGAUGACUCGACCACUGUCGCUGAUUGACCUCAUUGCGUUGGUUCCGUUCUACUUGGAGCUCAGCAUGGAGUUGAACGUCCAUCACGACAAAGGACUGACGUUGCGAACUCUGCGACUCCUGCGAGUCGUGUCGUUCCUGCGACUCGAACGUAUGUACAACGCAAUGAAGAAUCUGCGCGUGGUGUUUGCGCACAAAAAAGAGGAGUUCCUGGUCGUGACGUAUCUUACAGCAGUGGUCGUGCUCACGUCGUCGCUGCUGAUCUUUUUUCUCGAGCAUUCGGCCAAGCCCCGUGUCUUCUCGAGCUUUGGCGUCUGUUUGUGGUGGUCAGUCGAAACGAUCACGUCACUAGGUUAUGGUGACGUAGUGCCCGUCACGGGCAUGGGCCGCUUUCUAGGGGCCUCGCUAGCACUAUGGGGUGUCGUGUUGUUUACGAUCCCAGGAGCCGUGUUAGGGAGCGGUUUCAUUGAGGUCAUGCUGGAGAAGCAGCGCGAGGAAGAGGCUGAACUGUAUAGUAUGGUAGUGGGCAAGAGCAGGAGCGCGACCACAAGUCCGUUCUUCUCGGACAACGGUAGCGACGACGAGCACGUGCACAAAACACAUCCCGCGACGCACGAUCACGUGGUGUCCACCGCCGCUGUCCAUACGCCAGAACCGGCGUCGUCAUCAACGAGUCCGUCACUUCCACGCAAUACGCCUGCAAUGGCGCAGCUGCACCAGAGACUCGAGGUAAUCUUGACAGGACAGCAUGCGCUCGAAGUGCAGUUGCAGCAACAGCAGCAACAACUGACGCGAUUGACGCGACUGGUUGAAGCUGCUUUAGGGACCACGCUGCUUUUUCCAGCUCCGUGCAGUGACAGCCGCCACCCAGCCGCGUGUCCAGCAGUAAGUUGA